AAGACCUUCCUCGCCAGACUGUGCGAGCAGGCUGAGCGUUACGAUGAGAUGGUUACCUACAUGAAGAUGUCGACUCCCUCAGCCACUAACAACAACAACCAGAUCGGUGGUGAACUUACCGUUGACGAGCGUAACCUCCUCUCUGUCGCCUACAAGAACGUCGUCGGUACCAGACGUGCCUCGUGGCGCAUCAUCUCCUCGAUUGAGCAGAAGGAGGAGCANAAGGGUUCCGAUAAGCACGUUACCAUCAUCCGCGACUACCGCCAGAAGAUCGAGACCGAGCUCGAGAAGGUCUGCCAGGAUGUUCUCGACGUCCUUGACGACUCCUUGAUCCCCAAGGCCGAGUCUGGCGAGAGCAAGGUCUUCUACCACAAGAUGUGUGUUGACAUUACAUCAUUGAUUUUUCGUCAUUCUCUGACAACCAUCCAGNNGAAGGGUGACUACCACCGUUACCUCGCCGAGUUCGCCUCUGGCGACAAGCGCAAGACUGCUGCCACCGCUGCCCACGAGGCCUACAAGACUGAGCUCACNCCCACCCACCCCAUCCGCCUCGGUCUUGCCCUCAACUUCUCCGUCUUCUACUACGAGAUCCUGAACUCCCCCGACCGCGCAUGCCACCUUGCCAAGCAGGCCUUCGAUGACGCUAUUGCCGAGCUCGACUCGCUCUCAGAGGAGUCUUACCGCGACAGCACCCUCAUCAUGCAGCUCCUCCGUGACAACCUCACCCUCUGGACCUCGUCCGACGGCAACGAGCCAGAGCCCGCUGCCGCCUCCGAGGCCCCCAAGGCCGAAGAGUCCAAGACCACCGAGUCUGUUGAGGAGCCCAAGGCCGAGGCCUCGUAA